UCCUCCACGGUCCUCCCCAGAAGAUGGAGUCUCUCGGCGGCUACCCGAGCAAAUCCAGCCCGCGAGGAAAAGCCCUGCCGGUGCUGAUGAGCCUGGCUGUGUGUUUGGGGUCGCUUUACUUGCUGCACAGCAGAUUCGCGAAGCCAAGACGACUUAAAGACUUUUAUUCCUUUGAAGUGAAGGACGCGCGAGGAAGGAGCAUCUCUCUGGAGAAGUACAGAGGAAAGAUCUCGCUGGUUGUAAACGUGGCGAGUCAGAGCGAGCAGACCGAGGAGAACUACCGGUUCCUGCAGGAGCUGCACAGAGAACUAGGCACUGCCCAUUUCAACGUUCUGGCCUUCCCCUGCGGUCAGUACGGCCAGACCGAGCCCGGCUCCAGCAGGGACGUGGAAGCCUUCGCCAAAUCCCACUAUGGAGUGACCUUUCCCAUCUUCAGCAAGAUCAAGAUCAUGGGCUCAGAAGCAGAGCCCGCAUUCAGGUUCAUCACAGAUUCGGUGCAGAGGAUACCAAAGUGGAACUUCUGGAAGUUCCUGGUGAACGCCGAGGGCCAGGUGGUGCGGUUCUGGCGGCCGGAGGAACCCAUGGAGGAGAUCAGGCAGGAGGUCACGGCACUCAUUCGGGAGAUCAUCCUGAAGAAGAGGCACGAACUCUGAGGGUCUGAGACCCAGCAAUGAACAUAGGAAAGGUUCCUGAGA